AUGGGAUCAAAGGGUUCGUACGGGGAUACGUGGGCUGAUCAGUGGGAUAGGAAUCAAGAGAACCACGGCGGCGGCGGCGGCGGCGGCUUCAGCGGCAACGGAUCAGACGCCGGCGGGAAAGGAAAGUACUCGAAGAAGGUGGAGGAAGGGCUUAACAAAACGAAAGAGGUCGCCAACACUGGGAUGAAGAAAGUGAGAGCCGGUGCUUCGAUUGGGAUGCUGUGGAUGAAGGACAAGUACCAGAAAACCACCAAGAAACAUUGA